AUGUCUUCAUAUUGGUGGAUCCAGCUCAGGGAAACCUCCACAGACAACCAACCCGCCGACAGCCCAACUCGCUCCCCUACCAGACACUACGGUCCUUUCCAGACUCGCGGAGCCCAACUCCGCCAAUGGAUCGAAAAUCCAGGUGAGCUCGCCUGUCCAACCACUCUCAGUCAACUAACUCUUUCAGAAAUCCAAGCCCGUCACCACAUCGCCAUCAUGCCCGCAUCCCCGGGCAAUGCCGACUUUGUCAAUCUCUUUCGACAUCUCAACCUCCCGACUCCUGUCAGCUCCCACGCCGAAUCAGAGUAUAGUUCCUUCGACUUGAACGAGAUGAAAGUGGGAUGGCAUGGAUUCAUCGGGCCCGGAGUAGUCUACAUGGAAGAUAUCCACCACCGGGCGGGAUCGAGAUACUUUAUCUCGGAGCUAUCGCUCGCGUUUUACCGCGGGAUGAGCUUUGCUGCUGCGAAUCCGAUCCGUCAUGUCGUGUUUGUCCAGGUGAUUCAUCAGGAGACGAUGGCGACGGUCUUGGCGGUAUAUGGGACUUUGGAGGUGGGGGCGAGAUGGUGGCGGACGUGGGAGCGUGGAACGGCCGAGUUUGAUGCGUUGUUGGGAUCGCGCCGAUUGGGAGAGUGGUUGGGUUUCUGGUGCUGGGUGGAUUUCAACGUGGAACGAGGCGGAUUGCACGAAUUCAUACGGUGA